UGCACACAUAAAAGAGUAGUCUUAUUAUUUUUCCAUAUAGCUUGAGCUAAUUUCAAGAUUAUCAUAACAUUUACUGUGUAUUCAAUUAUGGGAAGAGAAAUUGUGAAAGCAGAAUCAGUUGAGGAGACAAACUUUAACUGGUCAUCAGAUUCAUCAUCCUCUUAUGAUGAAGAAAACAGGAUGCCUUUGUUGGCAUUGAAUCAUGUUUCCUAUGUCUGCAAAUCUGUUCCUAAAUCUGCUCAAUUUUAUGAACAAGUCCUUGGUUUCGUACUCAUCAAACGACCAUCAUCCUUUGACUUUGAUGGUGCUUGGUUAUUCAACCAUGGAAUUGGAAUCCAUUUAUUAGGAAAAGAAGAUGUGCAAUCAAAGAGUGGAAAAAUAAACCCAAAAGAUAAUCACAUUUCAUUUCAAUGUACAGAUAUGGAUCUUAUUAUUCAGAGAUUGAAUGAUAUGAAUGUAGAAUAUGUAACUGCUACUGUUAAAGAAGGCGGAGUUACAGUAGAUCAACUUUUCUUUCAUGACCCAGAUGGCAACAUGAUUGAAAUUUGCAAUUGCCAAAAUUUACCUGUUCUUCCACUUUCCUCUUGCCCACUCAAGAAAAUGUCAAGUCCAACUUUCAACCAAACAAUAUCAGAUUCCUUUUAUGGAAAUGGAAAAACAAAUACAAAGAUGAAUUGUGCUGGAGAAGUUGAAUCUCUUAUGAUGGAAAAUUUAGCUUUGGAUAUGAUAGACAUUUCUUUUUGAGUGAUC